AUGGGUGUGCAGAAGAAGACUCGCAAGUUUGCGCAGAUGAAGCGCACCAUCAAAGCCCGCGAUGAGCGCCUGAAACCCGAUAACAAGAAGCAGGAGACGCCCAAGGAGAACGAGUUGACCCGUCACAUCCCCGUCGCGCCCUCGAACAUGUUCUUCGCCGCCAACACUGCUCUCGGCCCUCCCUACCACGUUCUCGUCGAUACCAACUUUGUCUCGCACGCCAUCCGGGCGAAGCAAGAUCUCCUUACCUCUAUGAUGGAUCUGUUAUAUGCGAAAUGUAUCCCGACAUUUUCAGAUUGCACGAUUGCCGAAUUGGAGAAACUGGGGGAGAAGUACCGGUUGGCGCUCCGGACCGCCAAAGAUCCCAGAUGGGCUAGGGUGAAGUGCUCUCACAAGGGCACGUAUGCAGAUGACUGUAUCGUGGAUCGGGUGUCGAAACAUCGCAUUUACAUCGUGGCGACCAACGAUAAGGAUCUGUGUCGUCGUUUGCGCAAGAUUCCGGCCGGCGUCCUAGGCCUCAGCACAGCCCUCUACCUCCAAUCCCACUCCCACACGAGCACAAAAUUCCUCCUCCUCGCCCGCGACCUCCCGCACACCACCUCCCUAAACUACACCUCCCCCUGGGCGGGCGCCCACUACCGGCCCGUCCCCGGCACCACCCCGCAGCACCACCGCGAAGCCCUCCAGGCCCGCCGCACCUACACCCACCUCAAGGCCCUGGCCGCCGCGCAACCGGGCGCGGGCGUCGCGCGCUGCCCCGCGGUGGAGCACCUCGAGCAGCCGCCGCCCGAGUACCUCGAUUCCGAGGCUGUGCAAACCGCGUAUGCCCACGUGGACGGGUUCCGGCGCUUGGCGGGGCACGAACUGCCGGCGGGGGUGCGGUGGGGGGCCGAGUAUGAGACCGUCGUCGUGAAUUCACCGGUGUACUGUCAGUGGAUGCUGAGGGAGUUUGUGCUGCGCGGGGGAGAAGUGAGGGAGUAUACGGUGGGGGAUGUGCGGGAGGCGUUUUUUGUUGGGGCUAAAAGGAAAAGGGAAAGGAGGGUGAGGACGGUGGUGAAUUGUUCCGGGUUGGGGUUGGGGGGCGAUGAGAGGGCUUUUAUUAUUCGAGGACAAACCUGUUUAGUUCGGAACCCAUGCGCCGUGACCAUGACCCGCCAGAAUAGUGAUGGGUCGUGGUCGUUCUGUAUCCCCCGGCCGCUGGGAGGCGGCACGAUCAUCGGGGGCACCAAGCAGCCGCAUGACUGGGAUCCGUACCCGUCACCGGAGACGCGAGCCCGGAUUUUGGCGAAUGCGGCCAAGUGGUUCCCUUUCGCGGAGGGGAGUGAGGGGAAGUUUGAUGUCAUUCAAGAUAUUGUGGGGCGGCGGCCAGCCAGAGAAGGUGGCAUUCGGAUUGAGGUCGAACGACUGGAGGCCGGCGAUGGGGAGCGCGUCGUUGUCCAUGCGUAUGGGGCUGGUGGACGCGGCUUUGAGAUCUCGUGGGGUGUAGCUGAGGAUGUGUUUAAACUCAUGGCGGAGCAUGGUCUGGUCCAGCAGAAGGCCCUGCUGUAG